AUGAAUACGAACGAUCUAGAGAAGCCGGUACUCUCUGCCAACAAUGCCAGCGCACUUCAUUGUGUCAUGAGCAAGACAGACAUCGAGAUUGCACAGGAGGAAAGAGCACUUGAAACAAGCAGUGAACCAUCUACUGCUUUAGGUCGCUUUCUCCGGAAACUCGAAGUUCCACACGAGGGAAAGCCCUUGUCUGUUUUAAGAAAUCCUGACUUGGAGCCUGUUCCAGACAAAGAACGUACCUGGGGGUUUUGGUCUUAUUUUGCCUACUGGGGUUUGCCCAACUUUUCGGUUGCUACGUUUUCUACCGGCUCUGCUUUAUUGGCUCUCGAUCUGAAUAUUCAACAAUCUAUUGGUGCACUCGUAAUUGCCAACGUGCUUAUUGCAGUUGCCACUAUUUUAAAUUCCAACCCUGGUAUCAAAUACCACAUCGGUUUCACUUUGGAUCAGAGAAUGAUUUUUGGGAUUUACGGUUCGUAUUUGGGUAUCAUCAUCAGAGUCGGUCUUUCUGUGGUCAUGUAUGGCUACUCGGCGUGGCUUGGUGGGCUUUGUAUGAACAUGAUCUUCGAUUCAUUUUCUUUCAACUACUUGAACAUGAAAAACACAUUUCCAGAAUCUGUGCCGAUGGCAAGGAAAGACUUGAUUGGAUUUCUAUGCUUUCAAUUGGUGCAAAUGCCUUUUGCCUUUGUUAAGCCUCGUCGUGUGAACAUCCCAUCCAUCGUCACUUGUUUUAUGGCCUUGUUUGCAACAAUUGGUUUACUGGCGUACUUGACAAAGACAAAUGGUGGGCCAGGACCUAUUUUUUACGAGAAAGUUACUCUUUCAGCGAGCCAACGUUCGUGGAUGUGGUUGUUCGCCAUCACUAUCUGGUAUAGUGGUGUCUCUAUGGGUGUCGCUAACCAGUCUGACUUUUCUCGGUUUUCUUCCAAUAAAAUGGCAUGCUACUCAGGGCUAUUCAUUGGUACCGUGCUUCCCGGUACGUUCAUUUCAUUAGCAGGAAUGCUCUGCGCAUCCGCUUGUCAAGGGCUGUACGGUGAAGCGUACUGGACCCCCGACGAAAUUGUCAGUCAAUGGCUAAAUGAUAAUUACUCCUCAAAAGCAAGAGCUGCUUCCUUCUUCAUUGGAAUUAGUUUUACUGGAUCUCAAAUGUUUUUGAAUUUAACCCAGAAUGGAUAUGCCUGCGGUAUGGACUUGGCAGGUAUUUUCCCAAAAUACAUCAAUGUUGUGCGUGGUACGUUGUUUGUGCAACUUAUAUCUUGGGUCGUCCAACCAUGGACAUUUUUCAACACCUCAUCAUCCUUUUUAACAGCUAUGAGCUCAUUUGGUAUUUUCACGACACCAAUCGUGACUAUCAAUGUCAUUGAUUAUUACCUCGUGCGCAGAUCUAAAAUUUCUUUACUAGAUUUCUUCACACUUUCAAAAAAGGGCACUUAUUGGUAUAACCAUGGUGUUAACUGGCGUGCCAUAUUCUCACUCUUGGCUGGAAUUGCCCUCGGAAUUCCGGGACUGGUUUAUUCCGUGCAAACACAACUAAAGGCCAACGAGGGGAUGAUGAAUUACUUUUACGGUUACUUUUUUUUCAUCCCGCUCGUUUCCGGAGUAUCAUACGCUAUUCUAUGUUAUUUCUUUCCAUAUCGUCCAGAAAAGUUUGGCAUGGAAGAUCCUAUCGACUACUUCAACUGCUUUUCUGAGAAUGAGCUGCAAGCGUUGGGUAUGCUACCUUUCGAUGACAGCCAAGGUGAUAUUUAUGAGAUAAUCGAUGCAAGGGAACAGGAUGAGAACAGUGACAGCGUGAUAGAUGAAAUAGAUUUCACCAAUAAGGCUAAACACUAA